CGGCACCGCUGAAGCCUUUCCCGGCAGGCACUGCGCGGUGGGGGAAAGAUGGCGGCGCUCAGAGCGGUGGGGAGACUGCGGGCACCUUCAGAGCUUCUGGCCGGGAGGUGGCUGAGGCUGUGCCAGCCGGCCAGGGAGAAGCAAUGGCAGCCAGAUGUGGAGUACAUGAAACCAUACGAUCGCGCCUGCUUGUACCCGGCCACCCCCGAGCAAGAGAAGUUGUUGCCGGCCCCCUGGCACGACAAGGAUCCCCACGCACAUAAGGGUGUGUCCACCCUGACCAUCAAUUUCGGCCCUCAGCACCCGGCCGCUCAUGGAGUGCUGCGCCUGGUCAUGGACCUGAGUGGGGAGUCCGUGAAGAAGUGCGACCCCCACAUAGGACUGCUCCACCGCGGCACGGAGAAACUCAUCGAGUACAAGACCUACCUGCAGGCCUUGCCCUACUUCGACCGCCUAGACUACGUCUCCAUGAUGUGCAAUGAGCAGUGCUACUCACUGGCUGUAGAGAAGCUGCUGAACAUCCAGCCGCCAAUCAGAGCUCAGUGGAUCAGAGUUCUGUUCGGGGAAGUCACUCGCCUUCUGAAUCACGUCAUGGCGGUGGGCUGUCACGCUCUCGACGUCGGGGCCAUGACGCCGUUUUUCUGGCUGUUUGAGGAGCGAGAAAAGAUGUUCGAAUUCUACGAGCGGGUUUCUGGCGCCAGGAUGCACGCCGCCUACGUCCGCCCAGGGGGAGUGCACCAGGACAUGCCGAUGGGUCUGAUGGACGACAUCUACCAGUUCAUCAAGAACUUCUCCAUCCGUCUGGAUGAAUUGGAGGAGAUGCUGACCAACAACAGAAUCUGGAAGAACAGGACAGUGGACAUCGGAGUCGUCACCGCAGAGGACGCACUUAACUACGGUUUUAGCGGAGUAAUGCUCCGAGGCUCCGGCAUCCAUUGGGAUCUGAGAAAGUCGCAGCCGUACGACGUUUAUGACCAGGUGGAAUUUGAUGUCCCCAUCGGCAGUAAGGGAGACUGUUACGACAGGUAUCUGUGCCGCGUGGAGGAGAUGCGACAGUCCCUGAGGAUCAUUCUUCAAUGCCUCAACAAGAUGCCCGAGGGGGAGAUCAAGGUGGACGAUGCCAAAGUGUCUCCCCCAAAGAGGUCUGAGAUGAAGCGCUCGAUGGAGUCCUUGAUUCACCACUUCAAACUGUACACAGAGGGAUACCAGGUGCCCCCAGGAGCCACAUACACGGCCAUCGAGGCCCCCAAGGGAGAGUUCGGUGUCUAUCUCGUGUCUGAUGGAUCAAGUCGUCCAUAUCGCUGUAAGAUCAAGGCCCCGGGAUUUGCUCACUUGGCCGGAUUGGAUAAGAUGUCCCAGGGUCACAUGCUGGCCGAUGUCGUCGCCAUUAUCGGAACGCAGGAUAUCGUCUUCGGAGAGGUGGAUCGGUAAUCGGCUGCGGCGUGUGAAGGAUUCUGGGCCGCGAUCCUCCAUGUUUUGCUGUGGCUUCUCCACCGAGCUCUAGAAGCGACACCGCCAUUUAUUUAAACAUUGUCCUUGUAAAGCUCUGCAAAUAAAUGUCUUUUGGUUUCCUAUCG